AUGUCGACACCACUCACCCUCUCCUUCGAGGCAAUUGACGACCUCAUCUACGACGCCCGCUCAGGCGAUCUGGAAGCCCUCAAAGCAGAUCUCGCCAGCCAGAGUAAAGAGCACAACCGCCCAGAGGCCUGGAUCAUCGCCUCGGCCAUCGACGCAGAGCCCGAGGCUGAGGGCGGCACGGGCUCAUGCCUGCUGCACUUCCCCGCUGCGAAUGGAAACAAUGAAAUCCUCACUUAUCUCCUGACCGCCUUGACGGCCAAGUCUGAGUCGCCGCUGUCCGCGGCACAGAUCGUAGCGGUGGUCAACCACCGCAAUCACUCCGGGAACACACCGCUGCACUGGGCUGCGCUGAACACGCAUCUGGAGUGCGUGAAGGCGCUGGUCGAGGCCGGGGCGGACAUCUCGAUUAAGAACGAUGCGGGUCUCGAUGCGGUGUUUCUGGCUGAGCGCACGGCUUGGUCGACUGAGGAGGAAGGUAAGGGCGCUGCUGAGGGGGCCGAGGAGGAGGAGGAGGUCGAGAUCGAGGUUGGAGGGGAGGCUGAGGCUGGAGAGGAGGGUCGUGGGGAGAUGUCCAAGGGCCGACAGGUUGUGGAGUGGUUGCUGAGCUCUGACAAGGCGGGUGAGUUGGAAAGUGGUGUUGGUGGUGCUGAGGCGUCUGCGUCUGCACCUGCUGCACCUGCGUCUGGGGAGGCGAUGGAUGUGGAUGAAAAGAAAUGA